AUCUGGCACCCCUGUUGAGCAGUGUGGCUCUGGCGACCCUGGCGGCGUAGUUCACCGGAGGUGUGAGCAGGACGGUGGUGGAAGAUGGCUCUCUCUGUUUGGCGUGGAAGUAUUCCUCAACUGGCAAGGGCUGUGACUGGAGCUGUUGUAGUUUCUGCUCGACACCAGAGUGCUCCUGCUGCAUCUAGCCCUGCUCCUGUCAAGUACAAGCCCUACUCGCCUUUCCAGAAUACCUCCAAUGCAGCAGAAUAUGCAGUGGCCAGACUUGAUGACUUAAUUAAUUGGGGUCGAAAGGGUUCAUUGUGGCCACUGACUUUUGGUUUGGCAUGUUGUGCAGUGGAGAUGAUGCAGUGUGCAGCUGCCCGUUAUGAUAUAGAUCGUUUUGGAAUUGUUUUUCGAGCAUCUCCCCGUCAGGCAGAUGUUAUAAUUGUGGCAGGAACCGUCACGAACAAGAUGGCUCCAGCCUUAAGAAAAGUCUAUGAUCAGAUGCCUGAACCAAGAUGGGUCAUUUCUAUGGGGUCAUGUGCAAAUGGGGGUGGAUAUUACCACUACUCCUACUCGGUGGUCCGGGGUUGUGAUCGCAUAAUUCCAGUGGACCUUUAUGUGCCAGGUUGCCCACCCACAGCCGAGGCUCUGCUCUAUUCACUCCUGCAACUCCAACGCAAAGUAAAGAAAAUGAAGACACUCCAGAUGUGGUACAGGAAAUAAUUUGUGAUUAGGCUUUCUUAUAUUUUAUUUUUAAGCAGUUUAGUUUUGGAAUAAGAUAUUCAGAAAAUGUUUGCAUGUCAUGUAAUUUGCAUUAUAAGAAUAUAUUUAUUACAAUCAUUGCUGCUGAUCUGAAAGCCAUUUAAUAGUAAGAUAAGGUACAGUUUACGAAUAACGGGAAACUUAUGUAUCUUUCUAUGGCUUUAAUGCAGUGUGAUUUUUCUGCCCUGUACAUAUUCAAGUUAAAGCAUUUCUGAAAUCUUUCAUGUUAAUGGCAACACAGAAUAUGAUGUAAAUAAAGUAUAAAUUUAUGA